AUGUCGAUGUGGUGGGAUCUCUCUCUCCAAGCCUUAAUCUUCAUAGUUAGCAUCCUCUCUUAUCUUUGGACCAACAACAUCCCCCAAAAACUCUUCACCAAAUACCACACCUACCGCAACCGCCACAAACACCAAUCUCGUCGCCACUUCGUCAAAGCCGCCGAACACCUCGCUAACUCCGACCUCUCCUCCGCCGUUUCCCAAGCCGAUGCCGCCAUCUUACUCGACCCAACCGACGCCGCCAACCACAUCAUCAAGUCUCUCGCUCUCGAGCUCCAAGGAUACACUACCUCCGCGCUAGACGCACUCGACGUCGCGCUAUCCCCCCUCGCCAUCGCAUCGCUUGGGGUUGAUGAGAGGGCCGACGCUAUUGCUAAGCGCGCUGGGUUGAGGAUGGAGGUGAGUCGACUCGGUCGAGUUGAAAGUGGGGUGGAUGUGGAGGUGUGGAGUGCGGCGGAGAGAGAGCUGAGAGAAGCUGUGAAAGUGAGGAGAGAGAGUGGGAGAGCUUGGUGUUUGUUGGCGGAGUGUUGUUUGGGGUUGGGGAAGAUAGAUGAGGCGAGAGAUGCGUUUGAAGAGGCGGUUAGGGUUGCGCCUGACUCGGUUGUGGCGAGUCAAGGGUUGGAUCGCUUGAAACAAGGGCUUAAAGAGGAGUAG